AUGUCUACGCAAUCGCGGUCGCAAAUUGUACAGUCUAAACCGAUAGGCGAAGGACUAGAUGGCUUUCGUAAUACUUUCAGAUCGAUAUGCGAAGACAUCGGCGUCUCCAACUCCUCACAAGCGCUUGACCACGUGGGCUAUGAAGAAACCCAGGAUUUGUUAUUUAAUCUUCUCUCUGCUUUGCGAGCCCUCCCGGCCGCUCGAAUUCUGCAGUCCCGACAUGGAGGCAAGACCCUUUUCCAUGACCUCUUGAGACUCAAUGCAGUGGUCAGCUCUGACCACUUCGACCACGGACGGAUACGACCUCUACUCGAUGCAAUCAUCAACAACCAGCCCGAUGAGGUUGUUUGGAAUAGGGCAUACGAAGCCGUCACCGAAUCCACGCCGCCGCCCCGCCCUUCCUCGUCCUUCCAACAAACACCGCUAUCGAUCAAUACGGGCAGCUUCGCGAACUCGGCCGAGCACCGCAAACACGUCGACGAUGUGCUGAAGGUGGAGCUAGGACACCUGUACGUUGGCGUACCCGGUUUCUUUGACGCAUUCCUCGGAGAUGUGCCGGGACUGGGAACAGCGGCACAGGUUGUGUUGGACAAGUGCAAAGAAGGAGACAGCCCGCUCUACCGGGUAGAGAGCGGCUGGCAGGGCUGGCCUGAAGGGGCGAAUGAGAAGGGUGUCUUGAGCUGGUUUACACCGCUUAUCGACCAACUUCUAGACUUUGCGGAUGAGCACCUGUCAACACCCCGGAGUCCACGGCGACCGCUGGCACAGCCCCAUCGAUCCUUGCAAGGCUCUACGGCCGAUCGCAAGCUGGACAUUGGGUUUGUGGACAAUCCGGAUGCUGGCGUGGACUCGAAGUGCCGCUGGUCGCAGAUCCUCAUACCUGGAGAGCUGAAGAGCAACCCGUCAGCCGACAAGGCGUCUAAGGCCUGGCUUGACCUGGGCCGGUACGCAAGGGAGGUGCUCGCCGCGCAAGACAGCCGCCGCUUUGUUCUUGGCUUCACUCUCUGCGGACCCUUUAUGCGGCUGUGGGAAUUCGACCGACUCGGGGGCAUCGCCUCUGAACAGUUCGACGUCAACGAGGAUGGACUGCAGUUUGUGUCUGCAAUGCUUGGGUUUCUGUGGAUGAACGAGGCGCAGCUGGGGUUCGAUCCGACUAUCGUCACAGUCGGAGACAAGCGGUACAUCGAGAUUGAGCGUGAGAAUGGGAACGAGCGCCUUGUCGUUGACAAGGUCAUAAAAAGGGUGCCCUGCGUCGCUGGUCGCGCAACAACCUGCUGGAAAGUUCAUCGAGAAGAAGACCCUCGCACGCCGCUCGUUGUCAAAGAUUCAUGGCAGUUUCCGGAGCGCGAAGAGGAGGGCGAGCUGCUACGCGAGGCGACAGAGAAGGGGGUGAGGAACGUCGCGAGGUAUUUCCACCAUGAGACGGUCAGUGUAGGUGGUCAAGACGACGACAUCCGCGCAAACGUACGGAAAGGGCUGGACAUAACGAAAGCAGUGAACUACAUGCCAAAAAGGCCGAUGCCGCCGCCAAACAACACAGGACGUCGUGUGUCGCGGAAAGAUGAGAGCAGCAGCGUAGCCGGAAAGAAACGAUCUUCGAGCUCCACGAACGCCCCGCUGCCGCCCAGCAAGCGCCCUUGCUCGAGCUCUUCAACAAAACCUGCGAUUGCGAAUAGGGUCCACCGUCGUGUCAUCGUCCGCGACUACGGGAAGGCUAUUUACAAAGCAAGCUCUCUAGCCAAUCUGCUUACUGGAUUUGAGCAAUGCAUCGAAGGAUACGAGUCUCUCCAAUCGCGAGGCAGCAUGCUUCAGCGCGACAUAUCGCUGAACAACCUCAUGGUGAACGAGGACGACGAAAACCCGUCCUGGCGGGCGUUCUUGAUUGAUCUUGACCUUGCGAUCCAUGAGCAGCGGGAGAUGUCGUCAGGGGCGCGUGGGAAGACCGGCACGCGGGCGUUCAUGGCCAUUGGGGUGCUUCUAGACGACGAACAGCAUUCGUUUAUGCACGAUCUCGAGUCGUUCUUCUGGGUGCUGUUCUGGAUAUGCAUCCACUAUGAUGGGCCAGACAAGGACAUUGGGGCAACUGAAUUUGAGUGUUGGAACUACGAGAGCGAUCAGAAACUGGCAGGUUCAAAGAAGAGUGUGGUAGAUGAUGAGAGGGACUUUCUCAAGCUUGCGCGGACGAAUUUCACGCCAUUUUACCAACCAUUGAUCUCGUGCGUCAAUAGGCUGAGGAGGAAAGUAUUCCCCGACGGUGGGAGAUGGAGAGUCCCAAAUCCAAAGCUGUACACGGAAAUGAAGGGCAUCCUUCGGGCAGCACGGGAUGACUUGGAGGAGUUGGACGGAUAG